CAUGCUUCCCAUCUUUCAACUAGACCAUUAGUUCUCUCUCUCUCUCUCUCUCUCAGAAGUCUUCUUCAAUUCCCAGUUUGGCCAUGUACAGAUCUGCGGGGUUGGCUCCUCUCAGGCAUCAUCAUCAUCACCUUCACCCUCAGCGCUGCCAAGAGGCCUGGGCUCGCUUGCUUACUCCUCUGACCCUCUGGAUAUGCGUAUCAGUGACUCUAAGAUAUGGGUAUUAUGGGAAUUGUCAAAUGGUGCUUGGACCGAGCUCUUCUCGGUUGUUUGAGGCAAGCUCAGUCUUUGUAAAGCAAGUGGAGGUGAGAGAUGACGAUAAGAAAGGGGUUUUUCUUUAUGGGUAUUCGGAGAAACCAGAAUUAAGCUUGGAAAAAAACUGGAGUGCGUCGAACUAUGUGAUUGUUGCAUCAUACAGUCGGAAGGGAUACUCAUUGUGGUUGAACAAGGGUUCCACAAUCCAAAUGAGAUGGGAAGCUCAGGCUAGUAGUUUGGGUCAACUUGAAGUGUCUCUUAUUAAAGUAAAUUCUUCAAUAGGGGACCGUAAACACGAAACAUUGAUCCCAACUUCUUCAAGUUCCUCUGAUGCCCAUGCCCUGCUUGAGCCAACCCACGGCAGAGAAGUUAAAUAUUUCAUUGAGGAGGAUGACAAGUACUACAUUGGCAUCGUAAACACGAACCCUAGGAGCGUCAUAAUGAAAAUGAAUCUAAACGUUUCAUCAAAGAUGUAUGAUACAACUAAAUCAGAAAGCAUGUGUUCAACAAUAAAUGGAUCAUGCCAGCUCAAUCUUGUUUUCCCCAACACCCAAUUUGUCACAGUAACUACACCUAAUAACGGGGAUCUUGGAGAAUGGCACGUGGAGCUAUCAUUUGUGGCUCGUGUAGUAACUUAUAUAGCAAUUUUAGGAUUUGUUGUGACCGUUAUUUUUCUGAUACUGAAAUACCUUGGAGUGUGUGAUGGUGAGACUCAUGAAGUAGCAGGAGUACGAGAAGUAACUGAGGCCGUUCCUUUGAUGCCAGAGAAGCCAUUUCGAUUGCCAUAUGGAACAGGUGAUGAGGAACUCUGGAUCAUCUAGCUCUUCCAAGAUUUAUAUGAUGGGAAGAUUUGUGUUAUUUGUUAUGAAGAGCCGCGCAACUGCUUCUUUGUUCCUUGUGGCCACUGUGCCACCUGCUAUAAUUGUGCUCAGAGGAUCAUGGAUGGCGAUUCCAAGGUGUGUCCAAUAUGUCGGAGGCUCAUUCACAAAGUAAGAAAAUUGUUGAUUCCUUAGAACUACUUGUCCUUUGACCUUUUGGUUUUGUGUGGUUUGCUUGAUGAGCAAAUUAGUUCUCUGUGGGAGAGUAUGGAUUUCUUUCUUUUGCCUGAGGAGUGAGGACCAUUGCUUAUUGUCCAAUACACCUACAUUGAAAUAUGAGUUCAAAAUGGGAUUGGAUUUUUUAUUGGCAGCUCACAUCGAGAAAAGAAAAAUAGUUUGUUAGUAACUUGACACUUGAGAAGGAUUCGAGAGGGAUUGUUAAUCAUUUGUAUUAUGGGCAAGUAAUACUUAUCCAUUUUUUGCAGUGACUAAAGCUGCUACCAUUUCUGCAUAACCUUAAUCACCUAUCAUAUGGUUUAUGGCUC